AUAUAGCCACUGGGCAGCAGUUCCAACUCCCAGGUGAUAGCUGUAUAAGAUCGUUAUAUCUUCCUAGAAAAAAAGCUUAUAAAAAUGACUUUCACUCUACUUCCCAAAGGUACUACAGAGGCCAUAAUGGCUACACCGGGCUACCUGAUACAAACUAAAUAUAUAAUCAAUCUCCAACAAGAGUCGAUUCAUUUUGAAUAAGCUUUUUGGUCAUUCUAUCAAACUACCACAGCUGUUGGUUUUCUCUGUACAAAUGGAAAUUUGACCGAAGUUUUAUGCACAGUGGGUUCUGAAGGUUGGAUUGAAUUAUACCUGUAGGGACAUCUGACUUACAAUAAAAGUUAUAUAUUUUGCUGUACAUUGAAACCUAAUUUGUGCGGACCGUGGUAAUAUUGAAAUCGCGUUUUCCGAACAUCGCAGCUGAAGAUGCUCACCUGUAUAGAAAGGAACAGUACUUUGUUCCCAUAAUUAGUUAAUCCGGACAUUGCUUGACAGAGAACUUUGCCGAGGUUGCUGGUUGACACUGUAUCAAAUAACCAUGUGACUGAUGGAUUUCUUUAUUUACAUAAUCUUAUUCCAUCCGUCACGCUUUAAGAUUCAGAUAUGAGCAAGUAUGCCUUGACUCAUUAUUGAAACUUAUGAACGUGAACAACGUAUUAUUAGAACAUACGCAAAUUGAGAAACACAUAUUUUCAGUAAACACCUGGGAUGAUCUCAACAUGUAUGUUCACAAGAUUGGGCUAAAACUGGUGAUUGGUCUCAACCUGAUGCUCCGCGAUGGAACUAAGUGGAACCCAUCAAAUGCUAAACAGUUGCUCAAGUAUUCCUCUGACAAAGGAUACACUUUUGCAGGGAUUGAACUGGGAAAUGAACCAAACUUGUACUAUCGUCACUGGAAUACUACUGUCAGUGAUGUUCAGCUGGGAAGCGACUACAAGGAACUAAAACAAGUCCUUCAAGGAAUGGCCUAUAAGGACAGUCUCAUCCUUGGACCUGACAUAGCCGGUUAUAAAGACAAGUACAUUAACAACUUCUUGUCCCAUGGUGGAGCCAGUGUCAUAGACGUCUUGACCAUCCAUCAGUGAGUGUACUUCCUUCCGGGUGAAGUAUCAUGGACAUUGACUACACUAAAGUUUUAAUGUCACGUGUAACAAUUGAAGGUCACCUUACUUAGUCAACAUAUUGCAGAUGACAACAUAUAUAUUCCGAAAUAAUAGGUGGAAGUAGCA